ACUAGUGUUGGAGGGAGGGGAAAAACACGUACACACACACGCUCACAAAAUGUCUACAGAGCAGUGAUCGAAACAGUGACAGUUGAUGCCACCGGGAUUUAUGCUGUUUCUGUGAGGUUUUCCAGUAUUUUGCUGUGGAAUUUCGAAGCUGUUAUCGUGUUGAAGCGUCUUUUUAGGUGAACUUUAGCACCCAGAGCAACACAUCUCAGAGGACACGAAGAGACCAGAUACAGAGUGAAGAUACUGUUGGCUUUCAUCAGAAGCCAUUUUUCUCACUCUCUCUCACAAGCUCUCAUCCCAUCUGUUGAAGCACUUGAGCCAAGAUUGUUUCAUAACCACAGAUUUCAUCAGUUGUCUACACUUCUGAGUGACACUUGUUCCUCCAAACACUUGAAGAGUAUUUGUUGCCUUUUUGGUUAUUUGGAUCAGUUUUCAAAUAUCAAAAACCCUCAAAGAAGGGUUUACUGCCCAGAACUCUUUCCUUUUACACGUUUUUGAAUCAGGACAUGAAUUUCUCUCCUUAGUUCUUUAAAAUUUACCAACAAACAACUAUGAUUUAUCUGUGGAUACAUAGUCCCACUUAAAUUUAGGCCUUUCCUUAUUUUCCUCCUCGGCUGACACUUUACCAAGCUGUAUCAGCCUCAUCCUACUCUAGUAUGAGUUAUGAGAACUCUACAUCAAUGCCCAGCAGCAACACUCGAGGGCGAGUGGCUGAUGAGAAAGACAAUGACCAGGAAGCUGAAUCAGAAGGGUUAAACUGUCUGAAAAUAAGCAGUGGUCAGCGCAGCACCAGUGAUGCCACUUCAGAGCAGGGGAGUGCAACAGGUGGAGGUUCGUCUCCCAGCAGUGGGUCGGGAUCUGGAGGUCUCUCUGGAGACCAAAGAGCGUCCAACUCGGAUGAUAUGGACGGUCUCUCCAGUGGGAAUGACUCUGGGGAGAGGGAGAGCGAGGGUGGCAUGGAGCGAGAUAAUGGGUCACGUGGACGCCAGUCAACACGCAGUUUCCAAACCUCCUCAAAUGGGAAGGACUCUGGCAUGAUGAUGGAAACGACAGAGAGCAACAAAAGCACCAACUCCCAGAGCCUCUCACCCCCCAGCGGCUCCCUGGCCUACAGCCUGCUGUCGACCAGCUCGGAGCACGAUCCCCCCUCCACCUCUGGUUGCAGCAGCGACCAGUCGGCGAGGGUCCAGACCCAGAAAGAGCUGAUGAAGUCCAUCAAGGAGCUGAAGCUGCGUCUCCCAGCUGAGCGCAAGACUAAGGGUCACUCCAGCACUCUAAAUGCGCUCAAAUAUGCACUUCAGUGCGUCAAACAAGUCAGAGCAAACCGGGAGUACUACCACCAGUGGAGUGUGGAGGAGUGUCACGGCUGCAGUCUGGACUUGUCCACCUUCACAUUUGAGGAGCUUGAUAACAUCACCUCCGAAUACACCCUCAAAAACACAGACACGUUCUCUAUGGCUGUGUCAUUCUUGACAGGGAAGGUGGUAUAUGUAUCACCUCAGGGAUCAUCUGUGCUGCGUUGCAAACCCGAGUGUCUUCAGGGGUCGGUGUUUUCUGAGCUUUUGGCCCCACAGGAUGUCAGUACCUUCUACAGUGGGACAGCACCUUGCCGCCUCCCGUCCUGGGCCUCCUGCAUCGGGUCUGCCUCUCCAGUGGACUGCACUCAGGAGAAGUCUAUGUUCUGUCGGAUAAGUGCUGACCGGAAGCACGGUUGCGAGAUGCGCUACUACCCGUUCCGCCUCACACCAUACCAGCUCACACUUAGAGACUCAGAUGCUGCUGAACCACAGCCCUGCUGCCUGCUGAUUGCAGAGAGGGUCCACUCUGGAUAUGAAGCUCCUCGCAUCCCUCUGGACAAGAGGAUCUUCACCACCAGUCACACUCCUAGCUGCCUGUUCCAGGAGGUCGAUGAGAGGGCUGUGCCAUUGUUGGGAUACCUGCCUCAGGACCUGGUGGGAACCCCCAGUCUGCUCUAUAUCCACCCCGAGGACAGGCCCAUAAUGGUGGCCAUACAUGAGAAAAUCUUAAAGUUUGCAGGCCAGCCAUUUGACCAUUCUCCCCUGAGGAUGUGUGCCCGCAGCGGGGAGUAUCUGACAAUCGACACCAGCUGGUCUUCCUUUGUCAACCCCUGGAGCCGCAAGGUGGCGUUUAUCGUGGGGCGACACAAAGUCCGAACGAGCCCUCUCAAUGAAGACGUAUUCACUAUGCCGCAGAAUCUUGAGAGUCGGGUCACCACGCCAGACGUCGUCCAGCUGAGCGAGCGGAUCCACCGGCUCCUGGUGCAGCCGGUGCACAGCGGCAGCUCUCAGGGCUACAGCUCGCUCGGGUCCAGUGGGUCACGGGGCUCCCGUCGGUCCCACCAACAGCACCCGAGUGCCUCAGCCGCCUCAUCCAGCGACAGCAAUGGCCCCGCCAUGGAUGAAGCUGCUGCUGUCGUUCUGCACAAACCUAUGACGUUCCAGCAAAUCUGCAAAGAUGUUCACAUGGUCAAAUCUAAUGGACAGCAGGUUUUCAUAGAGUCUCGUAACCGACCAACUCCAAGAAAAAACACCAGCUCAGGCACAACUGUCAAAGCCAUCUGCAGCGACCCCAUCAGAGGUCUGAUAGCAGAUUUGACCAGACCACCCAAAGCCUUGGUCCCUGCACCGCUUAUUCAGAAGGAGCCGCCCACUGGCUACUCCUACCAGCAGAUCAACUGUCUCGACAGCAUUAUUCGGUACUUGGAGAGCUGCAACAUUCCUAACACAGUUAAAAGGAAGUGUGGCUCCUCCUGCACCGCUUCCUCUACGUCUGAUGACGACAAACAAGAGGCUUGCGGCAACAACAAAGGUGGUUCAGUUAGCAUCGUAGGUGAACCACCUCUGCCCCCCCUGACCAUGGCCACAAAGGCAGAGAGUGUAGCCUCAGUCACGUCGCAGUGUAGCUUCAGCAGUACUAUCGUGCAUGUGGGAGACAAGAAGCCUCCCGAGUCAGACAUAGUAAUGGAGGAGGCUCCAACUCCUACACAAGCCCUUACUACUACUACAACAACAACAACACCAACUCCUCCCCACAGCAGCGCACGACAUGCUGCACACACGGCCAUCACUCCUCCAUCGCUGCCACCCCCUCCUCCCCCACAGUCUCUCCCGCAAAACUCACAGCCGGAGAGGGACAGUCGAAGGAGUGGAAACGUUUGUGGCAGCGGAGGUGUAGGAGGAGGCCGAGGUCUGACAAAGGAGGUGCUGUCUGCCCACACGCAGCAGGAGGAGCAGGCGUUCCUCGACCGCUUCAAGGACCUCAGCAAGCUGCGGGUUUUCGAUCAGACGGCAUCGUCGACGGUGCGAUGCCACGCCCCAGCUGGCAACCCUCUGUCACGAGGAGUGCGCUGUUCCCGGGAUUACCCUGCUGCAGGAGGCAGCACCGGUCACAGACGAGGCCGCGGAGGAAAAAGACUCAAACACCAGGAGUCAUCUGACCAGCACAGCUCUCUGGGUCGGAGCGUGAACCACCAAGACCCCAGGAUCAACCCAGCCCCCAUGCCCUUCAACAUGCCCCAUGGACCCCCAACAAACUCCUCCUCCUGGCCGUCUGUAGGCUCCCAGGCCAGCAUUCCCUCUGCCCCAUUCGCCCCCGGGAUGCUUCCAAUCUACCCCGUUUACCCACCGCUCGCACAGCCAUUGCCCAUCCCAGACCCUUCGCGCUUCCCCGCUACCCAAAUAGUUCCUCCCAUGAUGGCCCUCGUUCUGCCAAACUACAUGUUCCCCCAGAUGGGAGCACCCAUCGCUCAGCCAGGUGCCACCCCUGGACACUUCUACAAUCCUAACUUCACACCUUACCCCAACAUCGCACCAGCCGCUGUCCCCACCGUCAUCCCCAACCCACUGCCGAUUCCAGGCACCUGCGUCCCGUCUCGUAGCAGCACACCACAGUCCUACACUCAGACGCCUGCCGACCGCGACGGCGCAGAGUCCCCUCUCUUCCACUCCCGAUGCUCCUCCCCACUCAACUUGUUGCAGCUUGAGGAAUCACCAAGCAACCGGUUAGAGGCGGCCACGGCACUGGUGGCAUCACAACAAACCACGCCUUCUGCACAGGGCGGGGCAGCUGGGGUACAGAGCUUAGCCAACCAGGGAAGCUCUGACGAUACGUCCAAGGAGAAUGGUGAAGCUAAUGAGUCCAACAACGAUGCGAUGUCCACCUCCAGCGACCUGCUGGACCUGCUGCUGCAGGAGGACUCCCGCUCAGGAACCGGCUCAGCUGCUUCUGGUUCAGGUUUCUCUGGAACUAGGUCCUCAGGUUCAGGCUCUGGGUCCAACGGAUGCAGCUCCUCUGGCACCAGCGGCAUCAGCAGAAGUCAAGACAGCCACACGAGCAAGUACUUUGGCAGCAUCGACUCAUCAGAGAAUGACCACUCUCGCAAACAUCCAGCAGGGGGCAGCAGCAGCGCUGGGGGAGACGGAGGCGAGGAACAGUUCAUCAAGUGUGUCCUCCAGGACCCCAUCUGGCUACUGAUGGCCAACACUGACGACAAGGUCAUGAUGACCUAUCAGCUGCCCGUCAGGGACAUGGAGACGGUGCUGCGAGAAGAUCGCGAAGCUUUGAGGAACAUGCAGAAACACCAGCCGCGCUUCUCAGAAGAGCAGAAGAGAGAGCUGAGCCAAGUUCACCCCUGGGUGCGCACAGGACGCCUGCCGCGAGCCAUCAACCUCUCUGGCUGUACGGGCUGCAAGUCUCCACCCUCUGUGCCUCCCGCCGCCCCCUUUGAUGUGGAGAUCCACGAGAUGGAGCUGUGUGGCACGCUGAAGCCUCAGCAGGAUAGUGUCGGCAGAGGCUGCAAGAAAAACCUCUCAGAAACGGCCAUGGAUGAAGUUCAUCCAGACGAUGAAGAGGAGGAGGCGGCAGAAGAGAAAGGAACCACAACACAAGACAACAACCAGGACAUGACGGCAGUGGCUGUGGAGGAGAAGACAGAGCCGUAGCCGCGGGGGAGUCAACAACUCACUACGGUGGUGGCCAAAGACAAAACAUCAUCAUGAACUUUUUUAGACAUGAUGUGCAGAGAACGCGCACUUUCAAAGGCUGAUUUCACCUUUACACAGUGUAAGACGUUUAAAACGGGCUCUGCUGGGACAUUAAAAGGUUUCUUGCUUGUUGGGACAGGCAGGAAACUUGGCCGAGUUGAUUCUUUACAGAGUCGGACUUUGAUGGCGGCACACCAGGCAUGUUGUAGGACUGCAAAUCCAAAUGCCUUGGAAACCACACGACACACUCGGAUUUAGGGAGUGAAGCAGGACAUUUCUGUUUUCUCUCAGCUGUUCUGUUCUUGUGGUUUUUAGCAUAUUUAUUUAAGUUGUAAAAUAAAACGGGACUCAAGUGAAUGUGUUGAAGAAGAAGACGACGGCGCCUUUACAUGAAGAUGGAUGUGCUUCACCACAGUGUCCUCUCCCCUUGAUGUUUAUAUCUCUCCUGUUCAGGGUUCACCUGUGACUUUUACCUUUUAGACCACUUCUCUUUUAUUGCUGAAUUGAAUUAUAGGACGAACUAUCAACGUUCAUCCAACAGAGAAAAUGUACAGUGAGGAGCAGGUUAUUUUCUAAACAUGUUUAUUUUUAUAUUUUUCUGGUUCCAGGUUUGAUGGCCCAAAAAGAGUGAUUAUACUGUACACAAAAUAAAAAAAAAUCCAGGAUGUAAAGUCGUAUUUGUUACCAGUUCAUGUUUUGCUGUGACCGUACAAUCUAGUGCAAAGUACCUUAAUUAUGGGGCAGCAUGGCAAUCUACAGGAGUCUGCGCGUGAGAUUGUGCAUGCGAGUGAGGAACACUUCCUCACAGGAGCCGCGGCUCCUUCAGCAAAGAGGGAGACAUUUUGUGUCGCCAGUACUUGCACAUGGUCACAAGAGGAUUCAGAAAGA